AUGGCAACGAUACCACAACAUACCAAUACAAUGGAAAUCUCAACUAGAUCCGACAAGUCAACGCCGAUCUCUCUACUCCAAACACUAAUCAAACCCUUUCGCCCCUCCCUGAUCAAACCAAAGAAGGAAUUUCCUGCAGGAUCACCAUACCUCGACGUCCACAAGACAGCAAAGAAACGAUGCAAUGUGAUCGAACGACAAGUAGAAGGAAUAUGGCUCUACGACAUGAAACCCAAGGUCCCAUCAUCGACGAAAGAAGGUAGCAUGGCGAAGAAGAGGAACAUCGUCUAUUUCGCAGGCGGAGGUUGGCAGAUGCCACCAAGCCCCGAGCACUGGAAGCUUUGUGCAGAGCUCUGCCAUCGGAUACCUAAUUCAAUUGUGACGAUUGUGUCAUACCCUUUGGCGCCGAACUCGCCAGCGAAAGACUCACUGCCAAUGCUGGAAAAACUAUACCCUCACCUUUCUCCAAUCACUGAAACGGAGAAGGAAACGACAGAGGUCAUCUUUGCUGGCGAUUCAGCCGGAGGCAACCUAGUACUGGGGUUGAUGGUCAAAAUUUUAUCAUCAACGCCCUCAGCACCCGUGCCACGAAAGCUGGUCUUGGUUUCUCCUGCAGUGGAUUUGAGGAAACAGCCUGUGGCCUCGUCACCAUAUGAGAAAGAUUUGGUUGCAGCGGACAAGAAGGAUCCGCUUCUGGGCAUUAAGUUCACGAAUGGCACGGCUGAAAAUUGGAGUCGUGGGGCUGAUGCAGAAGCGCCUUGGAUCUCGCCAGUUCUGGCGGAUGUCAGUAUGUUCAGGGAGAGGGGAGUUGCGAUUUACGGUAUUAGCGCGGGUGCGGAUGUGCUGGCACCACCAGCAAGGUGUUUUGCGGAGCUUUGCAAGGAACAGGGCGUUGCGGGUAGAUGGUUGCAUUGGGAGGGCUUGAUGCAUUGUUUUGUCUUAGCAUGGUGCUAUGGAAUCAUCAAGGAGGCUAAAGAAGGAUUAGAUUGGAUGAUUGAGGUCAUGGAAGAAUAA